GGGCUUCGAAGCUCCCGGCUGCCACUACUGCCAGCAUACACAUCCUCAGAUCGUCUUCAAUACCAGACUGCUUGAUAUUUAAUAUGAGCGGGUGGGCAUCCUAGAAGCUUUUGUAUGAGCAUACGUCAAAACCUUUUUCCAUAUGGAACCACAGCCGCUGGGGUCCGAGUCUCCUUCCACAAUAAGGAGUCCCAAUACACCGUAAAUCCAGACGUCAGCUGGCCGAUUUGUUUUACUGGGUGCCGACAAGGCGACGCGAUGCCAUCAUUAUGCUUCCUCCUAUUAGUGACUGUCUGCAGCAUCGGAAUCCGCAGUCAACAAACGCCCCUCAAUAAUUUGCCAGCAUGUGGUCUCUCAUGCCUUCUCGAUACCGUUCCCGCCAGUGGAUGUUCGUUGACCGACAAUGCGUGCCAGUGCUCGAAUCCCGACCUUGCCAUCACAACGGCUGCCUGCUUGCAAGCUAAUUGCACAAUGCAGGACACACUGGAUGUCGCAAGAGUUCAGGCUAGUGUUUGUCAACUCCCGCACACCGAUCGCGGGCGGGAAACUUUAAUCAUCGUCUUCUCCAUGGUCGCAGUUGCCUUUACGGCAUAUCUGCUCCGCAUGGCUUCAAAGCUCACGACUCAUAAUCUGGCCGUGGAGGACACUGUUAUCACGACCGCCGUGUUUCUCACCCCGGUCCCCAUCGUCUGUGUUAAAUAUAUCUACAUUGCUGAAGUCGUCUACGUUGCCGUCUUGGCCUUAACUAAAGCCUCCAUCAUCUUGAUGUACAUCCACAUAUUCCGCUCCAGUAUCACCUUUCGCCGCUGGUCCUACGCCGUCUUGUCGAUGCUCAUCUUAAGCACCAUUAUCAUUACGCCGCUCACCAUUGUCUCGUGUCGUCCAGUUCAAUUCUUCUGGGACAGGGACAUAAAAGGCGGCACCUGUCUUGACAUCAACGCCCUGGCCUACGCACAUUCGGCCAUAGCCAUCUUUUUCGACAUCAUCAUCAUUACAAUGCCCAUCGGGAUGCUCUGGCGCCUCAACAUGCCUACAAAUCGCAAAUUUCAGAUUGGUAUCAUGUUCGCCAUUGGUGGGUUUGGGCUCAUCGCCACCGUGCUGCGUUUACAGUCACUUCUUGUCUUUGGUAGCUCGCUCGAUCCAACCGCAGACUACGUGCCCGUGGUCUACUGGACCACAGGGGAGCUGGCCGCCGGAAUCAUCUGCAGCUGCCUGCCAGCUAUCCGCAAGCUGUUGGACAAGUCUACAAGGAGACUCGUCGACAGCGUCAAGUUGAGGAGUAUCAAGAAAACAGGCCUGACGCCCUUGUCGCCGUCAGCGGCAUCACAUGGUGCACACAAGUUGCUUUCGCGCGACUGCAGUUCGGGCUCAAAAAGUGCAGGCACAAACGGGUAUGAGCAAAUGGAAGACACAUCUGGAAGCCUUCGAGCAGAUGGGAUUGACGCGGAAAGCGGAUCUGAUCAAUUCUUGCCAAUUCAGGGCGUUUAUGAGCCGCCUGACGAGGUUCUGCGUGUAACGUAUUGGGGUGAGAGGGAAAGUGAUGGUUGA